AAACAUUACAUAUAAACUUACAGAUAUAUUUUAAUACAUAUAUCCAUAUUAUUAACGAUAAGAUGUACAAAAAAAACAAGACACUCAUAAGUGCGGUUCAUCAUAACUUGAAUAUGUCUUAAAUUGGGGACUAUGCUGUAUAGUAAAUGGCAAAACCAGUUCCAUAUAUCGUAAGAGACCAAAAAAGAAAAAAAAAGACCAAAGACGUUGCUGUCGAGUCAAUUCUGACUCAUACCGACCCUAUAGGACAGAGUAGAACUGCCCAAUAGGGUUUCCAAGGAGUGGCUGGAUUUGGACUGCCACCCUUUUGGUUAGCAGCCGACCUCUUAACCAUUGCAUCACCAGGGCUCCAACAUAAGAGAAGGUGGUCAUAAAAUAAAUACAUGGAAACAUGCAGUGUUAUUGAUUUCUUGUUAGUGCUGCCUGCUGAGUGGUCUAUCUUCUGAUUAAAAAGGGAGAUGAACAAAGAUUAUUGAAUGAAGAGUUGAAAAGGAAGUAAUUUUCUUACCAUGGUUCAAAAAACUCCUGCGUUCAUCCCAGACUGAUGGGGAGCUGUGGACAGAUGUUUUAAGCAGGGGAAUUUGGGCAACAUUGAUACAUAGGCCUGCUGAGGGCAUCUGAGGAAAUGGUCUGAGAGAGCCCAUCCCACCAUGCCAGCUUGAUCCCAGUGGGGCCUGACACAGCUGACCCCUGGUUUCCAGGCCGAGGCCGGCAUGGAGCAGUGUGCGUGCGUGGAGAGAGAACUGGACAAGGUCCUGCAGAAGUUCCUCACCUAUGGACAGCACUGUGAGCAGAGCCUGGAGGAGCUGCUGCACUACGUGGGCCAGCUGAGGGCUGAGCUGGCCAGCGCAGCCCUCCAGGGCACGCCUCUCUCAGCUACUCUCUCCCUGGUGAUGUCCCAGUGCUGCCGGAAGAUCAAAGAUACCGUGCAGAAACUGGCUUCGGACCACAAGGACAUUCACAGCAGCGUCUCUCGAGUGGGCAAAGCCAUCGACAGGAACUUUGACUCUGAGAUUUGCGGUGUAGUCUCUGACGCGGUGUGGGACUCACGGGAGAAGCAGCAGCAGAUCCUGCAGAUGGCCAUCGUGGAGCACCUGUACCAGCAGGGCAUGCUCAGUGUCGCCGAGGAGCUGUGCCAGGAAUCAACACUGAAUGUGGAUUUGGACUUCAAGCAGCCUUUCCUGGAGUUGAAUCGAAUCCUGGAAGCUCUGCAUGAACAAGACCUGGGCCCUGCCUUGGAAUGGGCCGUCUCCCACAGGCAGCGCCUCCUAGAGCUCAACAGCUCCCUGGAGUUCAAGCUGCACCGCCUACACUUCAUCCACCUCCUGGCAGGUGGCCCUGAGAAGCAAUUGGAGGCCCUCAGCUAUGCCCGACACUUCCAGCCCUUUGCUCGGCUGCACCAGCGCGAGAUCCAGGUGAUGAUGGGCAGCCUGGUGUACCUGCGGCUGGGCUUGGAGAAGUCACCCUACUGCCACCUUCUGGACAACAGCCGUUGGGCCGAGAUCUGUGAGACCUUCACCCGGGAUGCUUGUUCCCUCCUGGGGCUUUCUGUAGAAUCCCCUCUCAGCGUCAGUUUUGCCUCUGGCUGUGUGGCCCUGCCCGUGCUGAUGAACAUCAAAGCUGUGAUCGAGCAGCGGCAGUGCACUGGGGUCUGGAGCCACAAAGAUGAGUUGCCGAUCGAGAUCGAACUAGGCAUGAAGUGCUGGUACCACUCGGUGUUCGCUUGCCCCAUCCUCCGCCAGCAGACAUCAGACUCCAACCCUCCCAUCAAGCUCAUCUGUGGCCAUGUUAUCUCCCGAGAUGCACUCAACAAGCUCAUUAACGGAGGAAAGCUGAAGUGUCCCUACUGUCCCAUGGAACAGAACCCAGCAGAUGGGAAACGCAUCAUCUUCUGAUUCCUGCCUGGAAGGAACUUUGUUGAAGGGUCUUUCACCCCUGAGCCUUGGCCACCCUUGGUUGGGUGGUUGGCCUCAGUGGUUUGUGUUCGUUUCAGAGCAACUGGCUGAGGAAGGCUCCUUUGGGGCGGGGCCGAGGAGGGAGGUGAACCACCUUGUACUGGGCAGCUGGCUCCUCUGCUGGCAGGGAGGGAGAUGGUGGCCUCUGUUCUACUCUCUCCCACCCUGUUUAUGUCUGCCAUUGACUUAGUAGCAACCGACAGUAGCAGAGGACUUGGCCAUCAGCAGACAUCUUUCCUUCCCUACCCUCAGCCAUGUCUCUUAUUGCCAUGCCAACACCAUGUCCACUCUGGCCUGCAGACCAUGGGUACCCAGCUGUGGCCACCUCCUCUCACUGUACAACACAACUGUAUGUAUCCAUCUCCCACUGUAAAUAGUCCAAGUGAGAGCUGAAUGUCAUUGUUUUCUAAUUACUAGUAAAUAUAUUCGCAGCCCUUCUCCUUACCUGUCACCUGCCCUUAGCUUCAUUUGACCAGUGAUUACACGUCUACUGUCCACAAGGUCUUGGCCUGGCCUGGCUGCAGCUGUGGCAGAAGCAUGGGUGGCCAGUGCCCAGGCAGAAAGAACUCAACCUGCAUCUCUGGUGGGAGAAGAAAGAGCCUGAGGCAUUUUCCAUGGGGCACGAACAAGGCAGAAGCUUGCAAAGGAGAGAGCUUGGAGUUUAAACCAGAUCUGACUCUCAAGCCCAGACUAUUUUCCAGUUUACUCCAAGAUGCUUGAGGCUUGGUCACUAUGUGCACUGAGCCCUGCAUUGGGCCUCUGACAAUAAGAAGUGGCCUUAAGUCUAAAAUGUCUGAAGGGAUCAGAUUACCAGGGGCUGUUAUGCUGGACGGGAGAGACGGCCUGUUGUUUUUUACUUCAUAUCCCUAUUUAAAAUGUACUAUGUGGGUAAGUAAAUUGCUUCCUUAAGUUUCACACUGAGAUUUAAGGCUCCUGGGGGAAGAAGAAAAGAGGAAUGAAGGUGUCCUCAAUGCAGGGGCUGCAGGUUUCCAUAAAAUGGGUUCUGGGCUCUGCUGCCUUACCUUGCAGCUGACAGCUCCCUACUUGGGAGGUGGGAGUUGAGCGCUCUGGUGGACAGCAAAGAGUCCAUUCUCAGCUCGAGCCCAAGCACUCAGCCCUGGGUGGCUGGGCACAAGCACUAAACCCUCUUAAAGAGUCCUUCAGGGUCUCUGGUUAAAACAGCUGCUUCCACUUUCCUGCCCACGAACUCCUUGGCCCCACCCGCAGCUGCUGCUUAGAAAAACACCCACAGACUCACAUUUCAGUCUUGGCAUUUACUGCCCCCACACCAAAUUCUUGGAACUGUCUUCAUGUAAAUGGAACAGGAAACAGUGCUGAUUGAGAAGAUGCUGGCUUUAUCCUCAUGAAGUAGUUGUUGGAGCUGCCUGGGAAGAAUACAUGCCUCAGGCAACUGAGGAGAUGCUGGGAGCAUGGGUGGCAGCCGGUUGGCCCACUGCCCACACAGCAGCUUCCAGAACAGGAGGGAUCCCACUCAACAGGAAAGAAGCAGAAGUGCAGAAAGGUAACUUACUGCACCCCAACGAGGAAGUGACAGAGCUAAUGGACCCAGGCCUAUCUUCACGGCAGAACUUGCAUUCUUUCCUAUUAGGCAACCCCUCCCCAGUGCUGACCAGGGUCGGUGGGGUCACGUGCUCCUUACCGUUUUAGAGGGGAUAUAGACAUAGGGCAAAUUCCGGUCCUCACACAUAACCGGGAGGUGGCAGUAUACCUCAACAGGGAGUGUGUCUCCCGCCAAAACCAUGAUCCUGUAAUAAAAGACAUCACGGUCA